GAGGAAGAGAAAAAAAAUGGUUUUCCAAAAAGAGUACCUUGAUUUGUUGUUGGUCCCAAGUGGGCUAUUCAUCAUGUUCACUUAUCAUCUCUAUUUGCUCUAUAGAUACCUUACUAUCCCUCAUACCACUAUCAUGGGCUUUGAAAACAAUGACAAGAGAGCUUGGGUUGAAAGAAUCAUGCAGGCUUCAGAUACCAAAAUUAUGGAUACAGCUCUAAAUGUUUUAGAAUCCAAUAACAGUAAUGCAACAUACUUGGCAACAGUUUCAUUAUCAUUGAGUUCUCUCAUUGGAGCCUGGAUGUCUAACAACACUCUUUUCACUAGUGUACUAAUUUAUGGUGACACAAGGCCAGAAACAAUGUCAAUCAAGCUCAUAACUCUACUAAUCUUCUUCUUGAUGGCUUUUGCAUGUUUUGUACAAUCAUCUAGAUGCUUCAUUCAUGCAAAUUACUUAAUCACAACACCAGAUACUGAUAUACCAAUUAGUUAUGUUGAAUUGGCUGUUAUAAGAGGAGGUGAGUUUUGGUCACUUGGGCUUAGAUCACUUUAUUUUGUAACAACUAUACUCCUAUGGUUUUUUGGUCCAAUUCCCAUGUUUAUUACUUCAAUUGGGAUGAUUUUCUUCCUCCAUUACCUUGACAAAAACACGAAGCAAUUGCACGAUCAUCGUUCUUCUAGAACAAGAAAACAGGUUUACAAGAGAGUUGAAGAAGCUACAAACAGGGCAACUCUGCUUUAGGCCAAAUUUCCUAAAUAAUUGUUUGUUUAAUUUGUACAAAAAAAAAAUGCCAAGAGAUAAUUUUGGUAAUUUGUUGUAAUAUAAUUAGUAAAUAAGUUUACUUACAAUCACAGCCACCAAGUCAAGAAUUCAAAAUGU